AUGUCUUUCGGCUUCGGCAGCAACAAUAACAACGCCAACACAGGCAGCACAUUUGGUGGCUUCGGUAGCUCAAACACGGGCGGCGGCUUCGGCGCAACCAACAACGCGUCAACCGGAGGCUCGCUGUUCGGCGGAAACACAGCUACCUCGGGCGGCUUCGGUGGCUUUGGCUCUACCGCAAACACUUCUUCACCCUUCGGCGGCGGAAGCAAGCCUGCUUUUGGCGCGCCUGCCACGACCUCGAGCGGAGGUGGGAUGUUCGGCAACAAUGCCAACACUACAACGAGUGGAGGUUUUGGAAGCGGUGGUGGUUUCGGGGCAUCAACGAAUACUGGUGGGUUUGGAGGCACCACUGGUGGAGGUAAGGAGCACCACGAGCUCGAGAUCAGCCAGUUCAUCCGGCACAACACUAACAUUUACAAAGGUCUCUUCGGUCAGAAUAAGCCUGCGACAGGUGGCUUCGGCUCCAGCAACACUGGCGGCUCUCUCUUCGGAGGCGGCAACACCGGCGGUGGCUUCGGCUCGACCCAACCGCAGAACAACAACAAUCCUUUCAGCACGAACCCAGCCUCCAACACCAACACCGGCUUCGGCGCAUCUAACGCAGGCGGCAGCGGCUUCACAUUCGGCGGUGCAGCCUCGAACACGCAAGCCAACAACAAUAACAACAACAACAACAAUGGCACCGCCAACACUCCAUUCCAGCCUGUCACGGAGAAAGAUCCUGGCGCCAGUACUUCCUCGGCCUACCAAUCCAUAACCAUGCAACCCCCAUACAACGGCAAGAGCUUUGAGGAGCUGCGAGUGGAGGACUACGCCCAAGGGAGGAGGUUUGGUAACAGCAACGGCCAAGCAGGCAGCUUCGGUCAAAGCACAGGCUUCGGCGGCUUCGGGGCGAACAACAACAACACGAGCACAGCAGGUGGCGGUCUGUUUGGGGGAAACAACACUGCCACGGCCGGUGGUGGUGGCUUCGGCUCGAACACUGGAGGGUUUGGCAGCACAAACACCGGCGGCGGGUUCGGAAGUACCAACAACACAGGUGGAGGUCUAUUCGGCAGUACUCAGAACAAGCCUGCAACGGGUGGAUUGUUCGGCGCAUCGAACACAUCUGGCACAACAACCGGAGGCUUCGGCAGUACUGCGAACAACACCGGCGGUGGCCUUUUCGGAGGUGGCGGCGGCGGAGGAUUCGGAGCCAGCACCACUCAGAACAACAACACCGGCGGAGGGCUGUUUGGAAAUAACAACAACCAGCAGCAGCAGCAGAAUAAGCCUGCUUUCGGCGGCUUUGGCGCAUCCACGACCAACACGAACACCGGCGGUGGUUACGGCAGCACGAACACAGGUGGUGGGUUGUUCGGCGGUUCUCAGCAGAAUACGGGCGGCGGUCUCUUUGGCGGACAGCAGAACCAGCAGCAGAACCAGCAGAGCAACCCGUUCGGCGCGUCCAACACGAAUACCGGAGGCGGGCUCUUCGGCAACAACCAGAACAAACCUGCAUCCGGCGGUCUGUUUGGCAACAACCCGAGCACGAAUACUGGCGGUGGCCUCUUCGGAGGCCAGAACAACAACAACAACAACCAGCAGCAGCAGAGCAACCCAUUCGGCGCCUCUCAGAACACUGGUGGCGGUCUUUUCGGCAACCAGAAUCAAAACAAGCCUCAGGGUACUGGUCUCUUCGGUAGCAGCACCACCAAUACAAACACAGGCGGCGGUCUCUUCGGCGGCCAGAACAACAAUCAGCAAGGCAGUGGCGGUCUGUUCGGUGGUGGCAACAACAACAACACCGGCGGAGGUCUGUUCGGAAGCCAGAACAAGCCUGCGGGUGGUCUCUUCGGCGGCAGCACCUCAAAUCAAGGCAACACGGGCUCAGGCCUGUCUCUGUUUGGUGGCAACAACCAGCAGAAUCAACAGAACAAUGGUGGAGGUCUGUUCGGUGGAAGUCUUGGCCAGAAUCAGAACCAGAACAGCACGACUACCAACUCUCUGUUUGGAGGCAGUCUGGGACAGAGCCAACAGGCGACGCCGCAAAACCAGCUACAUGCAUCACUCACCAACGCACCCUACGGCAACGAGCAACUCUUCUCAUCGCUCGCAGCGCCAUCUCCGCCCGUUGGCCCACUUGCGACACCACUGACAGGCGCGCGGCCUGCACCUCGGAAGACUCCCAGCUUGCUAACAAGCGCGAGGGCGAACACCCCAGUCUACAGCCCAAGAGGUAGCACCACCGGCGGUGGAGGGUAUGGCUUCAGCUACUCCACCUACGGCACACCUGGUUCGGCGUUCACUUCGGGAAGCCUAACGCCUAUAGCAAGCAGUUUGUUGAGACCUACUGGUAGCCUAAGCAGCGCUCUUACUGGCCGUCUUAACAAGAGCUUCAGCACGAGCAACCUGCGCGGCGAUGCAACACCCGGACUACGUGGAAGCCUGCUGCGACCGAGUACCUUCUCUCCUAACGGCACUCCAGGCAGCUUUCAGAGUGGCAGCAUGCGUAGGCUGAAGAUCGACCGAAGCCUGCGAACGGAUUUGUUCGGACCUGCGGAACCGCCGAGCACUGUCGAGACCCCCAGACAGUCGCGGAGCUCUGCAAGUCAAGCCAGCUUCCAGCAGCCAUCGGCCCAACAGAGCACGGCCGCGCCUUCCAACUCGAACGCGCUCGUGCGCACUGAAGAGGAAGAAGAGCCGGAGCAGAGCACACCGCCAGCACUCAUGCGCGCCGCACCAGGUAGGUCCCAGCAGCCUGAGAUGGAGCAGGCCAAUGGCAACACCCUCACGACUGUCCCCGAGCAUGGCGAAGCACCUCGUCCGACCUCCGCGCCCAGUACCAAAGCUCCAGCCCCGGCCGAGAAGUCGCUCACGCGCAACGAAGCCGGCGAAUACUGGACGAAGCCGGCGAUGAAGGAUCUCAAGAACAUGUCGCGCCAGCAGCUCGAGAACAUUGGCAACUUCGUUGUUGGCCGUGAUGGCAUUGGUCGCAUUGAAUUUGGUGCCGUCGAUCUGACAAAUACUCAGCUGGAUACCAUCUGCGGCGACAUUGUCAAGUUGACGCCGCGUUCUGCAACCGUCUAUGAGGAUGACGCCAACAAGCCGAGCAUGGGCAAGGCGCUCAAUGUGCCAUCAACUAUACAUCUCGAGCAGUCGUGGCCAAGGUCCAAUGGUGGGCAGAAAGCGCUCAACGCGAAGAGCGGCAGGGCGUACGACAAGCACAUUGCUCGCCUGAAGCGUGUCAAUGGCACCCACUUCGUCAAUUAUAAUCCCGAUACUGGUAUCUGGACCUUCACCGUCGACCACUUUACGACCUACGGCCUCGAUGACGACGACGAGUCUGAGUUCGACGAUGACACGCAGAUGCAGGGCGACUCAAGUGGACUAAGCGAUGCGCUUGCAACGCCUACUGAUCAGCAAGACAUGACCAUGGACAGCGUUGACACCGGGAGUGGCGAGAUGGAUGACACGUUCCAAUUCCAACUCGACAGGCGCUCCCAGCUUAAUGUGCCGGGCGGCUUCGGCGAUGGCGAUGGCGAGGAUACGUUCAUCCGCCAUGGGCAACACACUGACGGAGAAGACGAGCACAUGAUGUCCGGCGGGCUCGGCGAGAUGGAAGAGGAUUCUUUCAUGUCCUCGGGUGGCGCUGUGCAAGCUCCCUCUCCUGGCGCAGUCGAGCGCUAUCACUCAAGCAUGGUAGAUGAUGAUGGGGAAGAAGCAGUUGAGGAAGAAGAUGUUGAGGGAGUUGAGAAGGCCGUUCCAGGCUCGUUCGCUCCGGAGCCGAAGAUGCCUCGAUCGAUUCUGAAGCCGAUCACCGGUCUUGGUGCGCUCAUGUCACCAGAGAAGCUUGCGACCGAAACCUGGGAGGAGCAGCUCCAGCGGACCAUGAGCCCGAGGAAGCGUGACCGUCAAGCGCUCAAGGAGAUGCAGCAGGGAUUGUUCAAGGCUAUCGACGAGGAUGGGAACGACAGUCCGUUGCUAAGGCAGAGCAUGCUAGGCCGCAGCGCUCUCGACCAGAGUUAUCUGGCUCAGCGCAGCGCGAAGCAGGCAAAGAUUGACGGCAAGGGCGCCAGCAAGCAAGAGAGUGCGGCAUUCCGCGGCUCGAUGGAUCUGAUGAAGUCGUUGUGGGGUCAAGAUGAGGCAGCGGGAAAGAAGGUCCCGGCCGCGGCCAAAGGCUUCGAGAACCCAUAUCCGAAGCGCCGGCGCCUUUCCUUGCGACCUCAAGAUGAUGAAUGGCUCAGCUGCCUUCGCCCUUCUAUCAACAAUGACAAUACUUUCAUGUUCGCGGCCACACCCAGCUCUGCCCCUGUUUCUGGCGAGUUGGCGCCAUCCAGACUACAAGCUCUUGUCGACCAUCGCAAACAGGUCCGCUUCGCCGGGCUCGUCACGCCCGAGGACCUCCAGCCUGACACCCUCGGCUUGCAACAGGAUAGUACCGUCAUCGAUACCGAGCACGAGUUUGCCGUUACCAUCACAAGCGAUAAGCACUCCUUCGCCACUCUCGCCGAAUCCGUACAACCCGGCCUUGCCAUCUCUGAUCGUGAGACUUCGAUCUGGAAAGUGUGCAGCAUUCUGUUCGACUCCGUCGAGAUUGCCUGUGCCGCCUUCAUCCGCGGUGUUCCAGAAGACCGGAUCGAUGAGCUCGAGCCAAGGAUGCGAAUGGAUGCGCUUGCUGCCUUCUGGACUCAGUUUGUAGAGUCGGACGUCGAGAAGGGCUUGAAGAGUUCUAAGACCGCAGAGGAGAAGGCCCUGCUGUACUUGACGAGGGGCGAUGUUGUCACGGCCUGUGAGAUACUUGUGCAAGGGAGAUGCUUCAAGCUCGCAGCCCUAGUUGCACAGUUGCCAGGAAGUGACCAAGGUCGAGCGAUGACCAAGCAACAGAUAGGGGUUUGGAGGGAGCGGAAGGAAUGGAGUGAGUUUGGGGAUGCUGUGAGGGCAUUGUAUUCUGUACUCGCUGGAGAGUGCUGCGUGGUGGAAGGGCAGAAGGGGCCGAGCGAGGAUCGCGCGGGAGAAUUUCAUAUGGCGGAGAGGUUCGGACUCAGCUGGCGGCAGAGCUUUGCCCUUCGCCUGCUCUAUGGAGGUCGCGAGAGCAUCGGAUAUGUCGUCAAGGCGUAUAUGCAGGAUCUGAACGCUGGCAGGGAGGUUUUGCAGCCAACGCAGACUUGGGCGGACCUCAAGGAGACUACUGAUACGCUGCUGGAGUUGCUGCGUGUCGCCGCUGGAGGCCAUGACGCCGCGGGCAUAUUCAACGCCAAAGCUGUUUCUGGCGCUCACUUCGACUCACGUCUGGCAUGGCAGAUGGCUUGUCUGCUGCAUGUGAAGGGCAUCAUCUCCAUUCCGGACGACCGUAUGGACACGCUUACGCUGGACUUUGCCACCGAGCUCGAAGCGGCUGGCCAUCUGACUAGCAGUGUCUGGAUCUUGCUCCACAUCCGCGACACCAACGCUCGAGUCUCCGCGGUUGCUGGCAUGCUGCAGCGCAAUGCUGGCCGCAUCUCCGAGCCGGUCCACCCACAGGACGAGAACACGGGUAGUUUCGACGACCUACGCGAGCACUGCUAUAUCCCCAGCUCGAUGCUCUGGAAGGCGAAGGCGCUGUAUGCACAAUCAGUCCUCUGUGACCCGGCGCUCCAGACGUUCUGGCUCAUCAAGGCUGGUCUGUCCGAGGAGGCGCACGAUGUUCUGUGCACAACACUCGGCCCGAAGGCUGUGAUUGAGCAAGACUACACUCCUUUGUCCCGCGUGCUUGCCGCCUUUCCAACGCGCGAGGUAGAAGGCUGGCGCAGUGGUGGUGCGGUGUACACCGAGUUCGUAAAGCUGGUGCGCGCGAGAGAGGCAAGGAAGGGCCUGGAAGAGGCGGGUGUGAAUGUCGCCCGGUUGAGAAAGGGCUUGGGCAUGCUGCACGAGAACUUGAAGGGCGGCGGGGCAGGUCUCGAGGAGAGAGUGGCUGUGGUGGAGAUGGGGAAAGUGGUCGAGGAGGCAGUGAGAGAGGAAGGCAUGGAGGGCGAAGGUCACCGGCGGGCGGAGAUGGGUGGGAAGGCAGCGGGGAUGUGGGAGAGGUAUUCGAGAACGAUGGGGGUUGUUGGCUGA